CUUUCCGCGAUGCGGAGGCCAGACCCGGAUGCCUCGUCUCUCUGAGCCGGUCUCAGCGCGGAAAACACAGAGGGAAGCCAUGGCGCAAGCCUCGGAGCCCGGGCGGCGUGCGCCCGCGGGCGACGAGAGCCUGGACGGGGAGGACGAGGAGCGGGAGCCGCUGCUGCCGCGGAUCGCCUGGGCCCAGCCGCGGAGGAGUGCCCCGGGGACCGCCGUGAGGCUGGUGGAGACUGCCGGGGAGAAAGACGCGGCCUCUCCUGGCCAGGAGGACGACGAGGAACUCCCGCGCCGGCCCCAGCACUCGCAUCGCCAUCCCCCCCGGGGCGUGGGCGGCCCGCGGACCUCGCCCGUCGACGUGGAGAGGAGCCGCUUCAGGGGUUCAGCAUUGAAUACAUUUUUGGAUGAUCCAGAGUUUGCUGCUAUUGUAUUGAAAGCAGAGCAAGCAAUAAAAUUUGGAGUUUUUCCAGAAAGAAUCUCUCAAGGUUCAAGUGGAAGUUACUUUGUGAAGGAUCCUAAGAGGAAAAUUAUUGGUGUGUUUAAACCCAAAUCGGAAGAGCCUUAUGGUCAGUUGAAUCCAAAAUGGACAAAAUAUGUUCAUAAGAUCUGCUGCCCUUGCUGCUUUGGCAGAGGCUGCUUGAUUCCUAACCAGGGGUACCUUUCUGAAGCUGCUGCCUCUCUUGUGGAUGAAAAGCUUCAUCUGGGCAUUGUACCAAAAACAAGGGUGGUUCGACUUGUCAGUGAGACAUUUAACUACAGUGCAAUUGACCGCGCAAAAGCUAGAGGCAAAAAGUAUGCUUUAGAGAAAGUGCCGAAAGUAGGUAAAAAAUUUCAUCGGAUAGGACUCCCUCCUAAGAUUGGUUCCUUUCAGUUAUUUGUUGAAGGUUACAAGGAGGCUGAAUUUUGGCUUAGGAAAUUUGAAGCUGACCCUUUGCCUGAGAAUAUUAGAAAACAAUUUCAGUCACAGUUUGAAAGAUUAGUGAUUUUGGAUUACAUCAUCAGAAACACAGACAGGGGAAAUGAUAAUUGGUUAAUCAAAUAUGAAAAACAGAAACUUGGAAAGGAAAUUAAGGAAACAAAAUGGAUUGAUGAUAAAGAAUUACUUAUUAAAGUAGCUGCAAUCGAUAAUGGUCUAGCAUUUCCUUUUAAACAUCCUGAUGAGUGGAGAACAUAUCCAUUUCACUGGGCUUGGCUUCCUCAAGCAAAAGUUCCUUUUUCUGAAGAAAUAAGAAACUUGAUUCUACCAUAUAUUUCUGACAUGAACUUUGUGCAGGAUUUAUGUGAAGAUAUAUAUGAACUUUUUAAGGUUGACAAAAGAUUUAACAAAGCCAUGUUUGAAAGUCAGAUGUCUGUGAUGAGGGGUCAGAUCUUAAAUCUUGCUCAGGCUUUGAGAGAUUGGAAGAGUCCCGUCCAGCUGGUACAAAUGCCUUGUGUGAUCGUGGAGCACAGUCACAGAACUCACGGUCGGGUCCACCGCACCAGCUCCUUCACUCAGACUUUCCACUGCAGGAAGCCGUUCUUUUCCUCCUGGUAGCUGAUGUGACAAACAGACUGUUUGCAUUCUUGUGUUGUUAAAUCGCUUCAGUUGCCAAAACCUCAAAUAAUAUAAGACUUUAAAAGGUUAUGUUUUGAAUGUUAUCAGAAGUUUACAGUUUUUUGUCCAAAUAUUAAAUUUCUAUUUCAGGGAAAAAGUGAUAUCUCUUCUAAACAGUAUUUUUGUAUAAAAAUCAUGCUUUAUGUUGUUGGUGUUAGUUGAAAAGGUAAUGUCAUGGUUUACACAUUCUGAAAUGACUGUAAUUACUUUAGAAUUCCAAAAAAAACAAAGAAUAAGGUAUUUGUUGGCUUUGAAUAAAAUAAUUUUUUGUAUAGUUUAUAGAUAUUGAGAAGAAUGUUCAUGUUAACUCUUCUCACACUGUAAGAAGCCGGUGAGUGUGAAACUGCUCUUCUGAGCCCGAACUGGUUCGUUAGAGAAGCCGGUAAGAAUGCAGCGCUGCUGCCUUAAUUUAGAAAGCUGCUAAUUUCGAACUUGAAUAAGUGCCCCUAAAGUGACCAUUGGCAGGGACCAGAAAAUUGUAUCUUGGUUAAGUAAUAGAUGACCAUUUUCUCUUUUUGUAUUUCAGAAUAUUUUUGAUCAAUUAUUUUGUUAGAGUGAGAAGAAAAUCCAAAGAUACCUCCUUUUUUAAAAAAUGGAAACACUCAAAUGAGACUUGAGAAUUAUAUAAAAUUAUGGUAGAUUCUUAAUGUUUAUGAAAUUUCAACCUAGCAUUAAAAAUUCCCUUUUGUUCUUUGCAUGGGAUCAAUUACAUAAUUAGUACUCCAGAGUACUAAUCUUGUUCAACUUGGUACUUAAGUUAGUAUUAAACCUCAUUGAAAAUUAAAACAUACCUCAAAUUGCAUAUUGGAUUGCUUAUAAUUACAGUCAAAUUUAGAAUAUCAGCCCUAAUUGAAGUGGACCAUGUCAGAGAUAACCAUAAAAUCAUUUAUACUUGAUUUUGAAUAUUAAUAUGUCUGACAUCCUGGGACUUGGUAGCACUUUUAACUCACCGAGUGAUUUAAAUUAAGAUGAGCCCAAUGCGAAGACGUGAUUCUAAAGAAGCAGAAGUGUCCUUCUCUUCUUCAGGCUCCAGACAAAUACCACCACCACUCGGCCUAAACUGGGUGGCUUGUGAUCUUGACCUUUUGCUUUUUUAAUGAAGUACUUUUUUUGUAAAAAGUAUUUCCUGAAGGUCAAGUUAGGGUGGAAGACAGAUCUGCAGUGCUCUCUUCCUUCCCUCUUUUCUCUUGAUCUUUGUGAAUGUGACGAGUGAGGAUACUGCUGUGCAAGCUGAAGUGUUCUCCUACCUCCCCCGACCCUUCAUCAUCCUAAUGCUGAGAUGAUGGGAAACUGGAAGCUUAAAACUCGAGCUACUAUCUUUAGAUAAAUGCUAGUAAUUAAAAUGUGCCUUUAAAGAUAUGUUCUAAAAGAACUAAGAUGUUGUGAUGUGGGUACUGCUUUCAUAAAACAGUUUUUUU